AUGCCGUUUGGUAUCCCCGAUGAAGCAGCUUGCACACUUUGGACGGUCCGAGGCGGGUACGGCGAUACAGUGGAGAAGAUCGCCGGAGCUAUCCGAAGCCAGUUCAGUGGGGCUAAGGAGGAGGAGGCCGAGGCCUUUUUCAGCACAGUGGCAGUUAAGAGUGUCUCCAGAAUGAUAUUCCGAACGGACAAUUUGUUGUCGAUUUGA